AUGGAAUCCAAUUUCGACGGAGCUUUGGCCACGGCAGAGGCUGGUGUUAAGGUUAUAACUGUCAAGAAAGAUGGUAGCGGAAAUUUUCGAACGGUGAGUGAUGCAAUAAAUAGCAUUCCGAUGUCGAACCCAAAUAGAGUGGUUAUUAAAAUCGGUGGAGGCUCAUAUUGGGAGAAGAUCACUAUUGACAGGUCAAAGCAAUUUAUAACAUUUUAUGGGGACCCAAAUGACAUGCCGAGGAUUUGUUUCAAUGGGACAGCGGCUCAGUAUGGAACGGUGUACAGUUCUACAGUGGCUAUAGAGAGCGAUUAUUUUGUGGCUGUUAAUAUUGAAUUUGUGAAUACGGCUCCAAUGCCAGAUGGAAAAAGAGAGGGUGCACAAGCAGUCGCCAUGAGAAUAUCUGGAGAUAAGGCAGCAUUCUACAAUUGCAAGUUUAUAGGUUAUCAAGACACGUGUGAUGAUAAAGGCAAACAUUUCUUUAAGGACUGUUAUAUCCAAGGCACCGUUGAUUUCAUUUUUGGAGAUGGCCAAUCCCUCUACUUGAACACCACUAUAAGAUCAGUUUCAAAUGGCAUUGGAGUCAUCACAGCACACGCCAGAGAAAAUGAGAGUGAAGAAAGUGGAUUCGAAUUUGUCCAUUGUAGCAUAAUUGGUACUGGUAAAACUAAACUUGGUCGAGCGUGGAAGCAGAGACCUAGGGUGAUUUUCGCUCACACAUAUAUGGACACUGUUGUCAGCAGCGAAGGAUGGGCUGAUGACAUGUCAGACGGUGAACACAAACCUGUUUAUUAUGGAGAAUACAAGUGUUGGGGACCCGGAGCAAAUUCUUCUGGUCGAGCCAAAUUUGCUAGGAUGCUAUCUGAUGAAGAAGCGCAACCGUUUCUGAGCACAACUUUCAUCAAUGGAAACAACUGGAUUAUUCCGCCUCCUAAGGUGUAA